CCCAACCGCCGGCGGGUUGCAGCUUCCGAGCUUCCUGGACUUCCACCAGCUCUUCUCGGCUUCCCGAAUGUGUCAGCCCCGCCGCCAGCCUCUCGAAGUCUCUGUCGCCGUGUUUCUUCACUUUUCGUGGUUUGUGUCCGUGUCCGCAGUUUCUCUCCUGCCCCUGUCUCCCCGGGCUUGAUCAUUUCCCAGGGCUUCAGUGUCCGAGACGUGAGUGCUUGACCCAGCUCCCAAAUCGGCCCGAGAGAAAUGGAGGAGCCGGGGUUCCGCGCAGAGGUCAUGGAAGAAGUGACAUCGUGCUCCUUCAGCAGCACUCUGUUCCAGCAGGAGGAUAAGCGAGGGGUCACCUACCGGAUCCCAGCCCUGGUCUACGUGCCCCCUGCCCACACCUUCCUGGCCUUUGCAGAGAAGCGCUCCUCGAGCAAGGAUGAGGAUGCUCUCCACCUGGUGCUGAGGCGAGGGUUGAGGACUGGGCAAUCAGUACAGUGGGAACCCCUGAAGUCCCUGAUGGAAGCCACAUUACCUGGACACCGGACCAUGAACCCCUGUCCUGUGUGGGAGCGGAAGAGUGGCUAUGUGUACCUUUUCUUCAUCUGUGUGCGAGGCCAUGUCACCGAGCGUCAACAGAUUAUGUCAGGCAGGAAUGCUGCACGCCUCUGCUUCAUAUGCAGCCAGGAUGCUGGCUAUUCAUGGAGUGAUGUGAGGGACCUGACUGAGGAGGUCAUUGGCCCAGAGGUGACACACUGGGCCACUUUUGCUGUGGGGCCAGGUCAUGGCAUCCAGCUGCAGUCGGGGAGGCUCAUCAUCCCUGCGUAUGCCUACUACAUCCCAUUCUGGUUCUUUUGCUUUCAGCUGCCAUAUAAAGCUAGGGCUCAUUCCCUGAUGAUCUAUAGCGAUGACCUAGGAGCCACAUGGCACCAUGGCAGGCUUAUCAAGCCCAUGGUGACAGUGGAAUGUGAAGUGGCAGAGGUGAUCGGGAAGGCCGGCCACCCCGUGCUGUAUUGCAGUGCCCGGACACCAAAUAGGUGCCGGGCAGAGGCCCUCAGCACUGACCAUGGUGAAUGCUUUCAGAAACCAGUCCUGAGCCAUCAGCUCUGUGAGCCCCCUCAUGGCUGCCAAGGCAGUGUGGUGAGUUUCCGGCCCCUGGAGAUCCCAGGUGGAUGCCAGGAUCUUGCUGGCAAAGAUGCCCCUGCCAUUCAGCAGAGUUCUCUGCUGUGCAGCUCAGUGAGGCCAGAGCCGGAAGCUGGAACCCUGUCAGAAUCAUGGCUCUUGUACUCACACCCAACCAAUAAGAAACGGAGGGUCGACCUAGGCAUCUACCUCAACCAGAGCCCCUUGGAGGCUGCCUGCUGGUCCCGCCCCUGGAUCUUGCACUGUGGGCCCUGUGGGUACUCUGAUUUGGCUGCUCUGGAGAAUGAGGGCUUGUUUGGGUGUUUGUUUGAAUGUGGGACCAAGCAGGAGUGUGAGCAGAUUGCCUUCCGCCUGUUUACAGACCGAGAGAUCCUGAGCCAUGUGCAAGGGGACUGCUCCACCCCUGGUAUGAACUCUGAGCCAAGUAAAAAGUAAUCACUUAGGACCCAACUUUGCAUAGAAGGCUACCGUAGAAGGCAAUCACAGCCAGGACAGUGGAGGCCAGGAUAACAGAGGUUACUGAAGUCUGCAGAGAAACAAAACACCUAAUAUUCUGCUCCCUACCUGUUUUCACUUCUCAUUCUCCAAAGAGCAAAAUGAACCUCUUGCCAUAGCUACUGCAUUCGAAAGAGCAUUGAACAGUGAGUUGAGAGACUAUGAUGUCAUCUUGGCUCUUCCACUGGCUUGCUUUGGGACCUUGGACACGUCAUCUGUACUCUCUGGGCCUCAGGUCUCCAUCUGUAAAAUGAGAGGGUUGGGUCUGUGAUAUCUCUUCUUCCCAUCCCUAGGAAAGGCAGUGUGCCUGCAUGCUCCCUGAUAAGCAAGUCCUGGCUGUAUGUAGGACUCUUAUCUCAGAGUAAAAGUCGGCAGGCUCAGCUUUUCAAAUGACUUGCCACUCAUCCAAGUAUAAGGUUACAAGCAGGUAUCAUAGCACAAAGGAAGAUGUAGGUGGACUGUUUUAUUUUUAAUAACAAAAGCACUUACAUCCUUCUGAUCAUGCACGAAGCUCUACAGACUCAUUGUUCUAGAGGAAUCGGGCCAAGCAGCAGAAUUAUAGGUCACUUACCUUCUCCAGCUUUGGAGCUCUGCUCAACCUUUCUUUCCUUGUCCAGAAAGCAUUACGUCUGAAGGAGAAAAUGAGGUGCUCAAUGUCAGUGAUCUUCAAUAAUGGUACUUAAUGUUUCUGAUGGCAUGACUCCUAUGAGAGAUGAAGUUCACUUAUUAGGAUAGUUCUUGAUGAGAAAUGAACAUGGUUUAGGACUUCAAAGCAUCAGACAAAACUUCCCGCUAUUGCUGCUCUCAGAGUUCACAGUUUAGGGGGCUAGAAGAGGGAUAAAAUUCAAGAAAAUAAAUGUAGCUGGGGGAUAGUUGAUAGAUGUUGGGCUCUAAGUGGGAGUAAUAGUAGCUGCCGAUGACAUUAUUUUAAUUGUAUUUUAAUUGUGCCUGGAGUCAUCUGCCCCAGAACUUGUCCAAGUGCUGGGAGCUAGCGUGGGGAAUCCCGCCCGUGGCAAAGGUCAUGAGGAAAGGGGCCUGACAAAACGCAAAGGCGAGAUCAGGCCUUGAGGAAACCCCCUCUGGGCUUUCUCGAGCAUCUACCCCCAAAACCAGAGUCUGCCUGCCUUAUUGCAUUAUGCUUUCCACCUAUUUUUCUGGCAUUACAGAGGGGCUAUCCCUGACCACCUUUCUCUGGAAAAAGUUAAUUUAGAGCUCCAGUUAACAGUCUCCUGCAUAUAAAAAGAGUGUUUCAGCUCAAACCCCUCUGAUGGCUCUCUAACUUGCCUUACCCAGACUUUUACAACUAUGCAUGUGAUUGUUUACAGGCCCCCAACUGUGAGAGGCACGGGAAGCCUAAAACAUAAAGCCUUUCAAAGAGUUAAAAGUUAUUAGAGUAGUGCUGGUGUAUUAUUUCAUUAUUGGGCCAAUGCUUGUUGCUAAGUUCCCAUAUCUCUUAUCCACUGUGCACCUGGGAGUGCGUUAGUUAACAUAGUUGGAGUGUAAGAAAACAAACUAGUAGCCUUGAAACUAACCACAUCAGACUUUUGAGCUAAUUGGUUCUUUCUUCGUUGUAACUUACUGCACCUUUGCUCAGUGAGAAAUGUAACUUUGUUUGAUACUUUCUGAGGCUGACAUAGAUUAGAAAUAUAAAGAAAAAAACACUUCAAGGGAAAAUAAGUUUUCUGGUUGAGCAGCCUUUAUCAAAAGAGGGUCUUAAAAUGUUUCACAGGCCUCCAAGGCCAGAAGAUAAUGUACACAACAUCAUUUGUGGGAAAGGUAUAAAAGUCCUUUUUGAAAAUAAAGCUAUGGGGCCUUGCUCACCGAAGCAGCUUGGUCUCCCCGUGUCAAUCAUUCUCUC